CUUAGAUUGAGUCAGUAGGUCUGUCAGUCAGGGGUUGACGUCUACGUGGUGAGGUUUGGAACCACUAACCCGGUUGUACACUUAUCACCAUGGUUGAGACCCGUAGUGGGAAGAAGACUAGCCCCUACACCACUGAGCAGCAAGAACAGAUGGCCGCCUUAGUCAGAGAGAGUAAGGAGAGGAAAGAGCGUGAAAAGCAAGCCAAGCUAAAGGCUAUCGCAGACGAGCAGGCGGGGAAGAUGAAGAGAUUGGAGGAGGAGAUGAAGAGGGUACAACAGGAGGAGGAAGAAAGAAAGAAGGGUGUUGAAGCAGAAGCGGCAGCAGAAGAAGAGAAAGAGAGGAUGAGGAUUGAGAGUGGAGAAGGAAGUAGUAGUGGCACGAUGAAGUGGGAGACAAAUCCUGAGCUGGAGAAGAAGAUCAGCGAGUGGGUCGCUAACUUAUCGUUGGGGGAAGACGAGGAGGUGGAGUCAUAUGUGACUAAGGAUGAGAAGGCGGCGCUGGCCGCUGAGCUAGCAGCCAUGACAGACCCGAUGGAACGAAGAGAGAGGGAGGAGGAACAAAA